ACUGAAAUGAAGGAAAAUGAAAGUAAAUCUGACAUAACUGAAGAAAGCUGGGACGACAUUACAGGGUGCGAGAUCUCUACAGAACAGUAAACAUAUUUGGAGGAAUUUCUACAUAAAGGUGAAGCAACUAUAAGUUGGUGAGUCCUGCUGUUGAAAGAUUCAGUAACAAAUGGCUGAAAAAAUCACACUUUUUAAAAACUUCCUGAGCUGCCAUGUGUGUGCAGAGACUUUCAGAGAUCCUGUGUCUCUGAGCUGCAACCACAACUUCUGUUCAAGCUGCCUGCAGAAAUUCUGGAAACAAGCUGGAAACAAAAACUGUCCCAUUUGUAAAAGUAAAUCAUCUAAAGAAUAUUCAGGGGUGAACUUUGGAUUAAAGGAACUGGCUGAUUCUUUUGCUGGAAGACAGAAAUCUGGAUCAUCUGAAACAGAAAAAGAAGUAAAGACAUUGACUGUGUGUACUAAACAUCCAGAAGAGACUAAAUGGUUCUGUGAGGACGAGCAGAGAGCUGUGUGUUCUGUCUGUGAGUUUUCUCUCCACCAGCAUCACAAAGUGGUUCCUAUAGAACAAGCAGUCAGUGACCUGAAGGAGCAGCUGAAAUGUGACUUAAAGUCUCUGCAGGACAAGAGGAACACAUACAAACAAGUGGAGGAAACAUACAAUGAUGUGAUUCAACACUCCAAGAAGCAGCUGUUGUCCACAGAGAAGCAGAUCAGAGCAGAGUUCAACAAGCUGCAGCAGUUCCUGAAAGAGGAAGAGGAGUCCAGACUGGCAGCUCUGAGGGAGGAAGAGGAGCAGAAGAGGAAGACUAUCAGCAGAGAGAUGAAGAAGAUUCAGGAUCACAUCUCCUCUCUGUCAGACAGCAUCUGUGCUGUUGAAGAAGACCUGCAGAAAGACAACGUGCCAUUCCUCAGCAGUUAUAAAGCCACUCAGAGCAGAAGCAGAACCCAGUGCUCACUGUCAGAUCCACAGCUGGUCUCAGGAGCCCUGAUAGAUGUGGCCAAACACCUGGGCAACCUGUCCUUCAGAGUCUGGGAGAAGAUGAAGGAGAAGGUCCACUUCAGUCCCGUCAUUCUGGACCCAAACACUGCAAACCGAUGGCUCUAUCUGUCUGAUGAUCUGACCAGUGUGAGAAAUGGAGACACAGAGCAGCAGCUUCCUGAUAAUCCAGAGAGAAACACAAAGUACUCAGAUGUUUUUGGCUCUGAGGGCUUCAGCUCAGGGAAACACAGCUGGGAGGUGGAGGUGGGAGAUCAUCCUUGCUGGAAUAUUGGUUUGGUUAAAGAAUCUGUUGACAGGAAGAGAAAGUUAUUAGAUGUUUCAGAUUAUGGAAUCUGGUGUUUAUUGCACUGUGAUGGAAAAUACAGUAAUGGUGAUGGUAAGACUGUCACAGUGAAGAAGAGUCUCCAGAGGAUCAGAGUCCAGCUGGACUAUGACAGGGGGGAGGUGUCCUUCUACAACCCUGAAGACAUGACUCACAUCUACACUCACAGAGACACUUUCACUGAGAAACUCUUCCCUUAUUUCAAUGUUGGUUCAGCUGGAGAAGCAAAAACCUCUGAUAUCAAAAUCUGUCAAACUCUUGUUUCUCUGAGAUUUUCAGAAAAAUGAAUCAGAUGUUCAAACUUUUACCAUCAUAAAUUGUUGUUCAUCAAUAGUUUUCAGACUUUUACACAUCAAACUUUUUAAAUCAUUGAUACAAAUCAGCAGUCUGAUUUAAUCUUUAUACUAAAACAGAUUCAAGGCUUCUUAAAUGAUUUUCUUCAUGUAAAUAUUUUCUAAUCUUGCUUUACUUAUAUUAGAUCUCUGUCCAACAAGUCACUGUUAGUUAAUGACUUCAUCAUUUCUCACAAAUGAGAUUUUCUUUUUCUUUCAGAAACAUGGUUAA